UAUUACUUGCCCGCUAAGUCCUUUACCCCUUGAUAUCUUAAACCUCCAUACAAUGGCUCCACUCGAUCUGCAGGUUGAGAAUGCGUCACAUCAUCAAAUUUUUGAAAAAUUGAGCAAACUGGCACACACAUGCAACGAAGAUCAGCGUCUCUGGUGGCACAGCGUGGGCCCAAUGAUUGCUGAGAUGCUCAAUACGGCCAAUUAUGACGCAAGCAGCCAGUACAAACAACUUCACAUAUUUUUAAAGUAUGUGAUUCCAUUCCUAGGGGUCUAUCCUACAAAUAGCCAUGAUCGAUGGAUGAGCAUUAUCAACACCUAUGGAUCGCCUAUUGAACCCGGUCUAAACUGCAAUGAUUCGGCUGUCAAAUAUUCAUUUGAGCCUAUCAACAAUCUGACAGGCACUACUGCCGACCCUUUCAAUACUCAUGCUGUUUGGGACGCCAUUAAAGGACUCGUCUCCUUGGACCCCACAAUAGAUACUGAAUACUUUCGCUACUUCAAAAACGAGUUGACCCUCAACGAAACCGAGUCUAAUCUUCUACGCGACAAACAUCUGGCACCCACAGAUAUUAUGUCGCAGAACAUAUUGGCCUUGGACCUCAAAGGCGACAAAUUUAAAGUCAAGGUCUACUUCUACGCCGCACUAAAAGCACUCGUUACCGGAAAGUCAGUCAACGAGCUGAUGUUCGGCUCUGUCCGCAUGUUGGCAAAGCGCCAAGCCAACAUAGCCGCUGGACUAGACAUGCUGGAGGAGUACAUUGACUCUCGUGCGCCUGAUGGAAAUUUGUUCCCGCGGCUGCUAUCGUGCGAUCUUUUGAAGCCAACUAAGUCACGGAUCAAGAUUUACGUUUCAGAGCAAGUUGUCUCUUUGGCUGCUAUUAGUGACAUGUGGACGCUCGGUGGUCGCCGCGCUGAUCCAACAACUCUAGCUGGUUUGGAUCUAAUUCAGGAGCUUUGGGAGCUUCUCAAGAUUCCAGAGGGUGUACGAAAAUACCCUAAGGGAUAUCAGCCUUUGGGUAGUUCGUCGAACGAAUUAUUGCCAACUAUGGCAAAUUACACUCUCCACCCAGAUCACGCUGUUCCCAUGCCACAGAUAUACUUUUGGGUCUUUGGAAUGAAUGACAUGGCCAUCGCUGAUGCGCUAACGAUCUUCUUCCAACGACACGGCUGGACUGAGAUGGCUAAGAAGUACAAGAACAGCUUGAAAGCGUAUUAUCCAAAUGAAGAGCAUGAUCACAUGAAUUAUGUUCAUGCAAGUAUUUCAUUUUCUUACCGAAAGAACAAGCCAUAUCUAAGCGUUUAUUACCAUAGCUUUGAAACAGGAGACUGGGCUUCUAAUAAGUAUAAUUGUUCUAACUAACAGAAAGAGUUCCUAUUCUUAAUCCCUCGUAGGAUUGAAGUUAAUUAGGACCUUAAUGCUAGAUUUCAUAGCGACUUUACAGACUUUAACCCUGCAGAGUUUGUAUAGUUCUAUGCUUAUUGUUAUUAUUGCAUUAUAGUCCUGCAUCAGCCGUUAGUUAUAUAAAACUAUAGCUAGAGGCUGUUCUAUCUGCUUAUGUACAGCUUAGUACUUUAGUUAUUGUAAAAGCAUUUAGGUGAUUGUUAGUAAGACUCUAUUUUGAACCUUAGGAAAUAAUUUAAUACUACUACU